GGCGCCGCUGCGCAUUGAAGCAAAAUGACAACGUUAAACGCAUAUCAAUCAUCCGACCUCUCGCUUCCCUCGGACUCGUAUAUCUAUUCAGUCGUUCCAACUUCCACUGGACUUGCUGCGAUAUCUUCGGACGAUUCACUUCGUCUUUUCGGUCGCGAGAAUCUGCGGCUCCUUUCUGGCGGAGUGCUGAAACGGGUCCAUCAAGGCGUCACCUGCUUGAAAGCAUUUGACGAAGGUGGAAAUAUUCUGGCUACCGCAGGAAGCGAUGGGCUGGUCCGUACUUGGGAUAUUAGAUCUGGGGGAAAUGUUCACACUUUUGACAAAGGCUAUAAUGGAUCCAUUCUUUCACUAGAGUGCUGUAGCGCAAGCUCUACGAUCGUCGCCGGUACGGAACUAAUUACAAAGCCCAGAGAGGAUCCACAAGCCAGUGUGAUGUUCUGGGAUAUCAGAUCGACCGCGUCUCCGCGUCAAAAGUAUACGGAUAGUCACAAUGACGAUGUGACGGAGCUCCAAUUCCAUCCUACCAAUCAUUCUCUGCUUGUGUCAGGCAGCACGGAUGGUCUGGUCAAUGUCUACAAUUGCAAUAUUACAGAUGAGGAAGAUGCCUUGAUCCAAGUGAUCAACCAUGGCUCUUCCAUUCAUCGGGCAGGGUUUCUCAAUGACAAGGAUAUCUUCGCCCUCAGCCAUGACGAAACGCUGUCAAUGUACCAGCUCACAGACCCAGACAAUGAGGACGAGGCACCCAGUCCUAUCGUUUUUGGCGACAUCAGAGGAAGACUGGGAUGCGAGUAUGCUAUUGGUGUGUUCAUGACAGAAGAAGGUGCGAUCCUGGGAAUUGGCAACCACAGUGAGCAUCGCCUAGAACUCGUCCGUAUGGAUCAACGACCACAAUGGACCCUAGACCAGAUGCCUACAUUAAAGCUGACGGAUGCCCAUGGUGACGAAAUUGUUCGAUCACUGUAUAUUGACACCAAGUCUUCCACAAUCUACAGUUCAGGUGAAGAUGGACAAGUCCGAGCUUGGAAAUUCCCCAGUAAUAAAGAAGAAAAUAUGGAUGGCUUAAAAUCUUCAGACGAUGGCCAUCUGAGCGCUAGGCGGAGAAAAGGAGCCUCAAAGGGAGGGAGAUUCAACCCUUACUAAACACUGGCCAAGAUUUCAAUUUAUAAAGAUAGCUUCAUUCUUCAAAGGAAAAUAUUCCCCACCGAGAAGAAGAUAAAUAUAUGAAAAAUGAUGAACGUGGAGAC